CAUGUUAUUUACCAUCUCACAAUUUCUAGUCUUCUUCAUUAUCUUUUAAUCCAAGAAAAUUAAAUGAAAGGCUUGUGCAACUCAACGAGUAUCAUUCCUAUUACUCUUUGUUUUAUUUUCUUGUUCAUUUAUCAUUUUGAAGACGUGUUUGCGGCUCCUCCUACUACUAGGCAUUUUCUAUGUCGUCCCGAACAAAGGGAUGCACUUCUCCAGUUCAAAAACGAGUUUGAGAUUGGGGAGCCUAAUCCUAUUUGUAUGGUGUAUAGAAUUGAACCUCAUCGGAAGACGGAGUCAUGGGCGAAUAACAGUGACUGUUGUAGUUGGACGGGUAUCACGUGCAAUGCCAAGUCCGGAGAAGUGGUCGAGCUAGACCUUCGCUGCAGCUUUCUCCAUGGCCGGUUUCAUUCCAAUAGCAGUCUUCAAAACCUUUCUAAUCUUAUCGCUCUCCGCCUUUCUGGAAAUAAUUUCAGUGGUCGGAUUCCAUCUUCGAUUGGAAACCUUUUUCAUCUCACCUCUCUCGACCUUUCUUAUAAUCAGUUUUCGGGUCAGAUUCCAUCUUGGAUUGGAAACCUUACUCAACUCACCUAUCUCGACCUUGAGGGUAAUCAAUUCUCCGGUCAAAUCCCAGAUUCCAUUGGAAACCUUUCUCAUCUCACCUCUCUCGACUUUUGGGGUAACAAUCUCGUUGGUGAAAUCCCAUCUUCUUUUGGCAAUCUAAACCAGCUAACCUCCUUAGAUGUUGGUAUCAAUAUGCUCAGUGGAAGUUUUCCCAUUGUACUAUUGAAUUUGACAGGGUUGUCAGAUUUAGAUAUCUCCAACAAUCAGUUCAGUGGUGCGCUUCCUCCUAAUAUCACUUCACUAUCCAACUUGAGAAAUUUUGUAGCAAAUGGCAAUGCUUUCACAGGAACUAUCCCUUCUUCUCUCUUCACCAUUCCUUCUUUGACAUAUAUUUAUUUGCGUGGUAACCAAUUCAACGGCACUCUUGAGUUUGGGAAUAUAUCUUCUUCACCAUCUAACCUAGAAGAGUUACACAUUGGCCAUAACAACUUCAAAGGGCCAAUCCCGAGAUCCAUUUCCAGAUUUGUCAACCUUUCGUCUCUUGGCCUUUCUCAUUUCGACACCCAAGGCCGCCCAAUUGACUUUAGUAUCUUCUCGCCUCUCAAGUCACUCGAAGUUCUAUACCUAUCCUAUUUGAACACCACCACUACGAUUGACUUGAAUGAUAUCUUAUCAUAUUCCAAAAGCCUCUCUUAUUUAGAUCUCUCAGGCAACCAUGUUUCAACAACAAACAAGAGUUCAGUUUCAUAUCCCCCUUCACAGGAGAUAUUUUCUUUGAGCUUAUCAAGCUGCGGUAUCAUCGAGUUUCCAGAGCUCCUAAGAACCCAACAUGGAAUGACGCAGCUAGACAUCUCCAACAACAAAAUCGAAGGUCAAGUUCCUGCCUGGUUAUGGUUGCUACCAAAGUUGGAAUACGUGAAUCUUUCCAACAACACUUUCAUCGGUUUCCAAAGAUCAAAGAAGAAACAAGGACUAUCCUCUUUCCGGAAACCAUCUAUGAGGCACUUGCUUGGCUCCAACAACAAAUUUAAGGGCAAGAUUCCUUCUUUCAUAUGCGACUUGCAGUCUCUAAACACUCUCGAUUUAUCUGAAAACAACUUAAACGGUUCAAUCCCUCUUUGUAUGGGAAAUCUCAAGAGUAAUCUUUCAGAUCUAAACCUUCGUCAGAAUAAUCUUAGCGGAGGUCUUCCAGAGCAAAUAUUUGAAAGUCUAAGGUCGCUUGACAUCGGUCAUAACCAACUGGUGGGAAAGCUUCCAAGAUCUUUGAAUCGUUUCUCAACUCUUGAAGUUUUGAACGUGGAAAGCAACAGAAUCAACGACACGUUUCCAUUCUGGUUGGGUUCUCUACAAAAGCUGCAAGUUCUUGUCCUUCGCUCCAAUGCAUUUCAUGGACCAAUACAUCAAGCCUCCUUCCCUCAGUUGCGGAUCAUCGACAUAUCGCACAAUCACUUCGCUGGAACUUUGCCAUCAGAGUACUUUGUGAGAUGGAGUGCUAUGUCAUCACUUGGGACAGACGAAGGUCGGUCGAAUGACAAUUACAUGGGAGAUAAAUUAGGCUAUUACCAUGAUUCAAUGGUUUUGAUGAAUAAAGGUGUAGAGUUGGAGCUGGUACGUAUCCUUCAAAUUUAUACCACAAUCGAUUUUUCGGGAAACAAAUUUGAAGGAAAGAUUCCAAAGUCCAUCGGUCUAUUGAAAGAGCUUCAUGUGCUCAACUUGUCAAACAAUGCUUUCACUGGCCGCAUCCCUUCAUCCAUGGCAAACCUCACAGCUCUCGAGUCGUUGGACGUUUCCCAAAACAAGCUUUCAGGAGAAAUUCCACAAGAGUUAGGAAAGCUCUCGUUCCUUGCGUACAUGAACUUCUCUCAUAACCAGCUUGUAGGUCUAGUACCAGGAGGCAAUCAGUUUCGUACGCAGCCUUGCUCUUCCUUUGAAGAUAACCUCGCACUUUUUGGCCCUUCUCUUUACAAUGAUUGCAUAGAUAUACGCACGCCAACAUUGGAACAAAAUGAAGAAGACGCAGAGGUGAUUAGUUGGAUAGCAGCGGGAAUAGGAUUCAUACCUGGUAUCGUCUAUGGAUUGACAAUAAGUUACAUAUUGGAUUCCUACAAGCCACAGUGGUUCAUGAACCCGUUUGGCCGAAACAAUCGUAGACGGAGAAGCACUAUAGCUCACUAGAGAGGGUGUUCAAGAUAACAACAAUAAUGUGGCAUGAAAGAGUUGAAGCUCUCAUACUAUCUGCAGUUAUGGUUCGAUGAUGUUUAAGAGCUUUCUCAUACUAUUUGUUUGAUAAUGUUUAAGAGCUCUCAAUGCUUCUCCAUUAUUCAACAAGGAUGAAGAGUUUAGGUGCUUGGCCAAAACUGGCAAAGAUCUCUCUCUCAAGUGUCUAGUUAAUAACUUCCUUAGCGCACUUUGCUUGUGAAUAAGUAGACCAGAAGCGCAUGUACAAACCUUUAAAGUGAUUUAAAGCUUUUAGUUUAAAGUCAAUGUAAAGUUGCAUGUGGUAGUUAAAAUCAAACCUUUAACAAGAACAUUG